AUGGCUCCCAAACACCGAGCUUCAUCCACCGGCAGCUUCAUCGAGAGCAUUGUCGCUGCUCGUAAGGAGCUGGACAACUUGGCUCUCAGCAGUCCCGAAUCGUCUCUGGAUGGUUCUGCUGGCGGCUCUGCGGGAACAUCGGCCCUCGGCAGUCCAGUUGGUGCCCUUUCACCGGUCACACCAACAGUAGACGCCCCUGUUGCCGAUAGCUUUGCCUUCGCCUUUGAUAUUGACGGCGUCCUCAUUCGAGGUGGCCGUGCCAUCCCAGAAGCUGUUGAGGCCAUGAAGGUACUGAACGGCGACAACGAAUAUGGCAUUCAGAUUCCCUACAUCUUUCUCACCAACGGCGGUGGCAAGACAGAGGAGGAAAGAUGUCGCGAUCUGUCGAAGCAGAUGGAAAUCGACAUCUCGCCUGCGCAGUUCAUCUGUGGCCACACCCCCAUGAGAGAGAUGGCUGAGCGUUUCAACACUGUGCUUGUCGUUGGCGGCGAGGGCGAGAAAUGCCGCCAGGUCGCCGAGGGCUACGGCUUCAAAGAUGUCAUCACCCCUGGUGAUAUUAUCAAGCACAACUCUGCGACUACUCCCUUCCGUAAACUCACUCAGGAUGAGUACAUCAACUCUCGAGAAAGAGAUUUCACAGAUGUCACCAUUGAGGCUAUUUUUGUCUUCGCCGAUUCCCGCGACUGGGCUGGCGAUAUCCAAAUCAUGCUUGAUCUCGCAAUGUCCAAGGGCGGCCGUCUCGGCACCUUGAGCGAGACCAUGGAUGAGGGGCCACCCAUCUACUUCUCCCACAACGACGUUGUCUGGUCAGCCGCUCACGACAACGUGCGUCUCGGCAUGGGAGCUCUUCGACGCAUGCUUGAGGUUGUUUUCAGGGACGUGACGAAGAAGAAGGGAAAGUUGCACACCCACGCCUUUGGCAAGCCUCAAGUUAGCACCUUUGAGUUCGCAACAAGGUUGUUGCAGCAGUGGAGACGCCAGCAGCACGGCCUCGAUGCCCCUCCUGACACUGUCUACUUCGUCGGUGAUACGCCAGAAAGCGAUAUUCGUGGCACCAAUGCCUACGACGAGCAUGCCGACAAUGAGUGGCACAGUAUCCUUGUUAAGACUGGAGUCUACCAGGACGGUACGGAACCGGCGUAUAAACCCAAGGUGAUUGUGCCUACGGUGCUGGAUGCUGUCCGCUACGGCAUCCAGCGCGAGAUCCGCAAGAGAGUCGUCUCGUCUCUCAGGAAAGAUGUGCUUGGCGAAGAGGCAUGUCUGGAGGCCCUCCAGCAAAAGGACAGCGCGGUUCUAACUCCUCUCGAGGAGCGUAGCCAGCCAAUCCUGGGAUGA